AUGGUAAAGAAACAACCACCUCAACUCAAUGUCAAACAAUUGUCUGAUAGGUUGGGAGUUGUCAUCUCUCCAGAGGACCCAGGAACUAUAUUUCAAAAACAAGAGCGUCUGGGUAAAGGUUCUUUUGGACAGGUAUUCAAAGCGAUCAAUAUGAGCGAUGGCAAGGUCGUAGCAAUCAAGGUCAUCUCACUUGACGACCCCGAGGCCAUCAAAGACGUACAAAAGGAAAUCAACAUUCUAGCAGAAUGCAACGACAUUAACAUUGUCAAAUACUAUGGUAGCUACUUUAAGGAUCACCAACUUUGGAUCGUUAUGGAGUAUUGUGGAGGUGGCUCAAUCGCCGAUUUGGUUCAAAUAACAGAGACUGGUUUGUUGGAGGAUGAAAUCGCUCUCAUCUGUAGAGAAGCUCUCAAAGGUCUGACCUAUCUUCAUGAAUGUAAAAAGAUUCAUAGAGAUAUUAAAGGUGGUAACAUUUUAUUAAAUGAUCAAGGUGAAGUUAAAUUAGCUGAUUUUGGAGUUAGUGCACAUUUAUUUAGUACAUUUUCUAAAAGAAAUACAUUUGUUGGAACACCAUAUUGGAUGGCACCAGAAGUUAUAUUGGAAAAUAAGUAUGAUGGAAAAGCUGAUGUUUGGUCAUUGGGUAUCACUGCCAUUGAAAUGGCAGAGGUCAUCCCUCCCAAUGCAAAUGUACAUCCAAUGAGAGUUAUUUUUAUGAUUCCAAGAGAAGAUUCUCCUUCUUUACAACAAAAAGAGAAAUGGAGUAUGGUAUUUCAAGAUUUUUUAUCAAAAUGUUUAACCAAAGAUCCAUCAAAGAGACCAACGGCAUCUGAAAUGUUGAAACAUGAAUUUGUUCAAACGACAAAGCCAAUUACAGUGUUGGGAGAUUUGGUUGAAAAAUGUAGAAACAUUUUAAACAAUGCCGAAUAUAUAGAUGAAGACGAAGAGGAAGACACGUUUGUUGAAAAGAGUGAUGACGAGGGUGAUUACUCGACCGUUGUCACCAAGGAUGUAGAAUAUUCGACUGUCAUUUCAAAGGAUGAAAACUACUCGACCGUUGUCACCAAAGAUGAAAACUAUGAAAACUACUCGACCGUAGUUUCAAAGGAUAGCAACUAUAGUACUGCCAAGGAUGACGACAAUGAAAACGGCAAUUAUUCAACCGUGGUGACAAAAGAUGACAUGUACAGUACUGUUGUAUCAAAGGAUGAAAUCUAUAAUCAAACACCAACCAAACAACAACAAAAUAGUAGUAAUGGUUCAUCACCAACUCAGGUUAAGAAAUUAGUAAACAAACAUAACAAUAUUGCUGGUAAUAAUAAUGAAAAUCAGACACCUUCUAAAGAGAAUAAUAAUGGUCAUUCAAUAUUAUCACCUUCAAAUCAAAAACCACCUCUACAUAAAAAUAUUACUAAUAAUAAUAAUACUAAUGGAAAAAUUCUAACACCAAUUAAACCAAAUAAUAAUAAUAAUAAUAUAUCAGCUCCUUCACCAAAUAAUAAUAUAAUACCAAAGAAUAUUAAAGUACUUAAAAGUCCUUCACCUCCCACCAACAACAAUAAUAAUAAUAAUAAUAAUAAUAAUAAUAAUAAUAAUAAUAAUAAUAAUAAUAGUCCACCAUCUCCAUCAACAAAGCCUGUCAACAAAUCUAAUCAAUCAAAAAAUAUAAAAUCAAAACUACCAAAAGAAACUUUACCUGAAAGUUUGCACGCAAUUUAUAGGAGUGAUUGUACCAUUCAAAUACCAUUUUUAACUCUAGGAAAUAUUCCUUCUGAUUGUUUAUUAAGUACUGAACCAAAAUAUAAUGAUUUCACAUCAACUCUUGGUGAUUUAUGUUCUGAUCAAGAUAUAAAUAGUUUAAGAUUUUCUUUUAGUCCUUCAGUUGGUAAUAUAUUUAAAGCAUUGACAUAUCAUAAAGAUAGACAAGAAAACGUAGUAAUGAGCCAAAAGGAAAAUAUUCAAAAUAUGAAAGUCAUUGGAGAUUUGAGCUCAACUAUGUCAUCAAUUUGUAAUAAUAAUAUCAUCCAAAAACAUUCUCAUAAUAUAACAAAAAAACCAUCAUCAACCAAUGGUUAUAUCUCUCUCAAUCCGAAAUGUUUAAAUGUUUUAUAA